AUGCAAAAAUUACUAUUUUUUGGUUUGUACUUCUUGCCAGGAACACAAUGUAUGAUGGAAAAGUUUCUUGGAACAAAAGGAAUGAAUAUUGCAUCAAACCAAGAAUCAAGAGCUACAUUGGCUACCCACUCAGGAGAAUUGCAAAACAUAAUGGAAUCAAGAUCUGAAUUUGUUCAAAGUACCACACAUGUCCAUAGCAAAGAAGAAAAAGAGUUUCUUGAAUUCAUAGAGAACAUUCCACAGCUGAGGUUGAGUUCCCAGGUGGGAGAACAAGGAGGUAAUUUGGCAAUAAAUCAAGUAGCAGAUCCAAACUCAUCAAAAGGAAGAAAAACUCUCAUAAAACUCCUUCUACAGGACUUGAAUUCUUUGAGCAUAGAUUCAAAAGAGCUAGGAUGGAUUGUGGUUGGGGUUGAUGACAACAUUCCACUUUUGGAAGCCUUGGAAGAAGUUGACAAAUUACUUUUAGCUCACAUAAAACAUCGUCUUUCAGUUUUAACUCUUUCAGGUAAAAUGGAAAUUCCAAGCUCAAAGACAAAAUUCCCUGCUUUGAGAAUGUUGGACCAUGGAAAUAUUUUGAGGAAUAUCUACUUUCCACAAAAUAAAGUUGCUGUUCCCACAGGUCAAAUGGUCAAAAAGGUUUUCAAGGUUUUUUCAAGAGGCUCUCCCAAAAUAUGUGGAAGGAUGAACUUUGAAGAUGUUUUACCUCAUUGCAAGAGUACCAAACUACUCACAAAUAAAAUGCAUAAAUUUCAAUCACCACCAUUUCUUGAAGAAAUAAUGACUCAUAAGGACAAUUGCCAAUGUCCAAUGAGACAGGCAAGCAUGGGGUUGGCAAGAAAGAUGCUCACUAUGGAUGAAAAAUUGAAUUCAAUUAAAGAUCCUGAAGAAAAAAUAAGGUUCAAGAUGGUUUAUUUCAAAGCCCUCAAUUUCAUGUACAGGCAUGAGUUGAUUUCUGUUCAAAAUGUGCAGUCUUUGUUUGAACAAAAAAAUCUAGAAUAUGCUGCAUCACACAUGACAUCACUGAAUAACAUGAAUCACAUCAAAAGUAGCUAUAAUGCAGGUAAAUUCUGGUAUCCCACGGUCACAGAGGGUGUCUACAACUGCUGGUAUACAUCAGAUUUUAUGAAUUUUUUCACAGUUCUUCAGAAGGAGCAGAAGGACUAUUUCUCAUACUAUCUAAUUUUUCUCAAAGCCAGGAACUACUUAUAUAGGCUUCCAGAAGACUUUGAAAAAGGUAGAUUCCAAAUUAGUGUGAAUUCUUUUUUCUCCUCAUUUUUGUCAAUGAACCCUGAUCAAUACUACAAGGAAAGAAAAAACUUGUUAGAAAAUUUACAGCCAAAAAUCUAA